AUGGUUGUUGGUGAAUCAGCUGUCUCCUGGAUCACUGACUACCUGACAGACAGGCCACAGUUUGUGCGUUUGGAAAGUGUCCUGUCUGACGUGGUGGUGAGUGUUGUGGGUUUAUACGGUGGUGGAGGUGAUGAUGAGGAGUAUCAAGGACUGGUGAUUGACCUCAGGAAGAAGGGAACAGUUCCUCUGCCCCUUACCAUCCUUGAUAGGGAUGUGGAGGUGGUGGAGGAGCCUCCAGAGUGUGAUGAUGCUGCUGACAUGUUUGUGGAGGUUAAUGAGGUUGUGACCCAGUCUGAUAAAACCAUUGGAUGGUUCAUUUUCCCAGUUCUGCAACAACACACCAGCAGCAUUUCAAGGGCAACUAUAAAGAAUAAGAUGCUGGACACAGGAUAUCUUUAUUUUGUGAUCAUGUUGACUGCAUAUAUUCUGAUAAUUUGCUGCAAUGCCACCAUUACAUAUCUCAUUGUUAUUCACAGUGACCUCCAUAAGCCCAUGUACAUGUUCAUUGCUGCUCUGUUGAUCAACUCUAUUCUUUUCAGCACUAACAUCUACCCAAAGCUUCUGAUUGACUUUUUAUCUGAAAAACAGAUCAUCUCUUAUCCAGCUUGUCUCUUUCAGGUCUUUAUAUUUUACUCUUUAAGCUGUUCAGAAUUUUUACUGCUGGCAGCCAUGUCCUAUGACAGAUAUGUGUCCAUAUGUAAACCUCUGCAAUAUGCAAUGAUCAUGAGAAAAACAACAGUCAAUGUUUUGCUUGCUUUAGCCUGGCUUGUGCCUGCCUGUCACAUUAUGGUACCUGUUGCGCUAAACAUUAAUAACAAGCUUUGUAGAUUCAGUCUGAAAGGAAUUUUUUGUAAUAACUCAGGUUACGAUCUUUACUGUGUGACCUCCAGCGCACUGUCUAUAUACGGUGUAAUUGUUCUAUUUAACACUGCACUUUUUCCCAUGCUCUUUAUAAUUUUCACAUACACAAGAAUACUCAUAGUAGCUCACCGGAGUUGUGGAGAAGUCAGGAGGAAGGCAGUACAGACCUGUUUGCCCCACUUGCUGGUUUUAGUCAACUAUUCUUGUUUGCUCACCUAUGAUGUUAUUAUUGUUAAACUGGAGUCAGAUUUUCCAAAGAUUGCACGUUUUAUAAUGACACUGCAGAUUGUGACAUAUAAUCCUCUCUUCAACCCAAUCAUUUACGGCCUGAAAAUGCAGAAAAUCUCCAAACACUUAAAAAAGUUGUUCUCUCGGGCCAAAGUGAAUUAA